AAAGCAAGAAACAAGUUGAGUGUAAACUUCAGCCUACAGGUAAUUCGCAGACAUUUUAUAGUCACGUGACCUCGUAACCGAUUCCGUGUUGUCGCUCUUUCCGUGUCUGUACAGUCGCAUGCGUCUUUCUGUGUUCACUGUACAGGACUCCUAUUGGCCGCACUGCAGUACCGCACAGUCACUGCUUGUACAUUACGGCACUUCCGGUAGAGUUUGCCUCUACCAAGAUGGUUGCCAAAGUGCUUCCUGUUCCGUAGUGUGUGCCGGAAGUGAUGACAGCGGGAAAGAUGGCGGAGAGCAGGAGCGGGCCGCAAUAUUCCUCCGAGACCGGAGCACCGGCGGCCGCAGUGUGGAUUCCCCAGGGCUGGGCCUGUCUGCUCGGGGUCUUCUCUCUGCUCUGGACUGUGGGGCCCUCAGGGGCCACAACACACUGGGUGGUGACUGAGGACGGAAAAAUCCAGCAGCAGGUGGAUUCCCCCAUGAACUUGAAGCACCCUCACGAUCUGGUGAUCCUCAUGAGACAGGAGACCACGGUUGGCUAUCUGAAGGACCUAGAGAAACAUCUAGUUGCUCAGAAAAUUCACAUUGAGGAAAAUGAAGAUCGGGACACGGGGCUGGAGCAGAGACACUACAAAGACGAUCCCGAUUGUGUCCUGGCCAAAGUGCCCUUGGGCGAUAUGGACCUGUAUGACGGGACCUACAUGCCGCUGGAGGACAAGAAUAUCAACCCUGAAGAUGAUGUGGAUAUACAUAGUCACUUACCUCCAGAUCUACAGCAGCCUGACUGCACCAGAAUCAUAGAGCUUCCUUUCAGCAUUCACGCCUUUCAGCACCUACGGGGUAUUCAGGAGAGGAAAAACCUUUCCGCUCCACUGCUACCUAAAGAAGAUCCCAUAUUUAGCUCCUUGUCCCAGAAAUUGGGGAAGAAUGUGGACGACAUAGGUCAUAGAAUCCAUGAGGCCCUGGUGAAGAAUACAACUUCCUGGGUCCUCUAUAACAUGGCGUCCUUCUAUUGGAGGAUAAAGAACGAGCCGUUCCAUGUGGUGGAAUGCGCCAUGAGAGCACUGCACUUUUCUUCAAGGCACAAUAAAGAUAUUGCACUUUUGAACAUGGCGAAUGUCCUGCACCGCGCACAUUUCUCAGCCGAUGCUGCUAUUCUGGUUCAUGCUGCACUGGACGUGUCGCCGGGGCUGGAUGUGUCCACCGACUCCUUGGUUAGCCACUACACCCUGGGGAAUAUAUAUGCAAUGUUGGGAGAAUAUAAUCACUCUGUACUGUGCUAUGAUCGAGUCCUGGAGUCGCGUCCUUUCUUCUAUGAGGCUGACAAAAGAAAGAAGGCUGUCUUGUGCCAGCAAAAGCUGGAGCAGAAGCUGGAGGCACAGCACAGGUCCCUCCAGAGAACUCUGAAUGAGCUGAAGGAAUAUCAGAAACAACACGACCAUUACCUGAGACAGCAAGAGGUUCUGGAGAAGCAUAAGCUGAUCCAGGAGGAGCAAAUCCUCAGGAACAUCAUCCAUGAGACACAAAUGGCCAAGGAGGCUCAGCUGGGAAACCAUCAGAUUUGUCAAAUCACCAGCCGUAAGCACAGUCUGCACUGCCCAUGGGAUUUACCGGUACGUUACCACCGAGGGGACAUCUUUGAAAAUGUGGAGCAUGUGCUGUUUGGAGAUGACACUUCUUCAGCUCAGAUGACAUCUGUUAACUUAGACCUCCAGGCAAAUCAGACUGUUUUGCUGCAGCGCCCUCCAGUGUCACGUUCUGUUACAAAAGUUUGGGGUUUGGAUGCGGCCUCGCUUCAUCAAGACACAGACGAUCUAUGGCCCAAGAAAACGGAUUGUGCCACAAGGUUUCCAAUGGUGCCUCCACCCGAAGAGCUUCCAAAAUACUACCUACCUCCUGGGCAACCCGGCCUGAGUGUCAGCCCGGCUGUCUUAAAGCAGAUAGAUACAGGGAGUGACCUGCACACACCGGACUGCGCUUCCGUCCCUGAAAUGCGCAAGAACGAGACUCUCCAGAGGCUUCUAAUGGAGGUGGAGGGGCGGUUGGACAUGCAGCAGCUGAAGCCGGACAGACACGCACAGCAGGCCCUGCAGUCUCUGGUCGAUAACCUCAGCGUUACAGAGGAUGAAUUGAAGCUUUCUCUAUAUCUUUCUUUUGCUCAGCCAGCCGGGCCGGUGUGGACCAUUCUAAAUGAGGCGGCUCUAUACUGGCGAGCCAUAGGAAACUGUACACAAGCCAUUGCUUGCCUGCGCAGAGCACUGAACCAGGCUCCAGCUCAGAACCAACAUAUCCCACUGGUGAAUCUGGCGAACUUGCUGAUGCACCACGGGCUUUAUCUGGAUGCCAGUAAAUUAUUGCUCCAAGCAAGGACCUUAGAUCGCUCUGAGCCCCUGACAUUGCUGAGCCUGGGUAAUGCCUACCUGUCCCUCAAGAACCUGUCUGGUGCUCUACAUGUCUUCCGUGCUGCUCUGGAUCUGAACAGGGGAUGCUCCGAGUGUAGGGACAGCCUGCCCUUGAUCCGGUGCCUUCAGCUCUAUCCGCUUCUCUACAACGCCUCCUCCCCCUCCGUGUGCAGCGGUCACUGUCCCGCUGAAGAUAAAGAGCAGAACACACAGAAAUACUUCCAUAGUUAUACACAGGAGGAACACAAAACUCCCCCCGAGGACAGGACGGACCCCACGAGCGGCUCCACCUUGUAUCUAGAAAGUAAGCGUUUACCUGGAGAGGACGCUAGAGAUGUCAUUAUGGCUGAAACCAAUAACAGUGAGGAUACGACCCCCGAGGCGCCCAUAUCUGAGGAGAUGCUCGCUCUUGUAGACGAGUUUGAAAACUCGUGGCCCCUAGAAGCUUUUGAGGGUGCCUUGGAGCUAAAGGGCCGACGUAUGGACCUCCAGGGGAUACGGGUCCUGAAGAAAGGGGUCCAGGACGGUCAGUCCGGGUCCUGCUAUGGAGACUGUGACGAUGAUGAGGAGGCUGAAUGGAUCACCUUCCAGGUAAAACGUGUAAAGAAGCCGAAGGCAGAUGGCUCCGGUGGUGCAGACCUCUCAGAGGCCAUCGGAGGAGACGUCAUUGAUGCUGAUAAUGAUGACUUUCAGGCUGCUCUUGAAAUCAGCGGGCCAAAAAUACCUUCCCCUGGUCCUCAAGGCAGGAGACCCGAUUACCGAAGCCUGGGGUGGCCAAGUCCCGACGAGUGCCUAAAACUGCGCCGCGUUGAGCUGUCUACUGUGGCCAGUACCUGGUUGGCGGUAUCUGCUAAAAACAUAGACAUUACGGAACAUGUGGAUUUCGGCACGCAACUGCAAGAACCUGGCGUAGAGCCUCUCUGCAAUGCCAACCUGCCGGCCAGUAUGCACACACUGGAUCACCUGUAUGGGGUGGCCAACAGAGCGGCCAUUCACUACACAGGAGAGAGUCAGCUGAAGGAGGUUUUACAGAACCUUGGCAAGGACAAGUACCCACCGCAGUCCCUGGAGCAGGUGGGCACCCGAAUAAUGAAGGUGCUGGAAAAGAAUCAGACGUCUUGGGUAUUGUCCAGCAUGGCGGCUUUGUAUUGGAGAGUUAAGGGCCAGGGGAAGAAAGCCAUAGACUGCUUACGUCAGGCUCUGCACUACGCACCACAUCACAUGAAGGACGUCCCACUCAUCAGCUUAGCAAACAUCUUCCACAAUGCCAAGUUAUGGAACGACGCCAUCAUUGUGGCCACCAUGGCGGUGGAAAUAGCGCCUCACUUUGUGGUGAAUCAUUUCACACUGGCCAAUGUAUAUGUAGCAAUGGAGGAGUAUGAGAAGGCCAUGAGGUGGUACGAGUCCACGCUGGGACUCCAACCAGAAUUCGCACCUGCUAAGGACCGAAUCCGCGCCAUACAAUGUCACCUUCUAAUGAAGAAGGGAAGACGCAGCCCAUAAGCCUCCUCCACGUAUAAAUCCCCCCCCCCCCCAAAAGUAAUUUUUUAAUGGUUAUUUUAUAAAAAAUUGAUAAGUUCUAUGCUACAAUGUGGGCGAGGAUGGAUAAGGGGUUAAUUGCUUAUUUGCUUGAAAAUUAAGAGUUGCUGAUCGGGAGAAGGGUGAAAGGAUAUAAGGGGAAGGGACGACGGGGGGGGGGGGGGGAACCUAAAUCAUUUAUCAUCAGAACAUGGACUGGAUUCCGCCAACAUGGCAGACAGCAGGACCAGACUGGACUUGGAAUUUUUUUUUAUUUUUUAUUAUUAUUAUAAAUUUUUUUUUUUUAUUGAUCAUCAUUUAGAUUUUUGUAAUUUAUGUUAAUUUUUUUUUCUGAAUCCAUUGCCCUAAAUUCCAUCACUACAAAGUAAUAUCUUGUAUCUAUUUGUAAUAUUUCCGUUUUAACAGGGAUUACAUGAGCACCAAUGUGCACUGCACUUUAAUUUAAAGGGGCUUGCUGGGAUUGAUUUUUUUAUUUAAUUUAUUUUCUUACUUUUUUUUUUUUUC